AUGUUCGUGGUCAUGAGAUCCUUCGACGGUACGGACCACUCGCACCUACACGGGCGCCACGCGCUGGUGCCGGCAGCCUCCCGGCGGGCACCCUCCCAUCGGGCACCCUCCCGGACCGCAGGCCCGAGGACCACGCGCCGGGCCCCUGCAGAGGCCGAGGGGCCGCUGUGCCGCCGGCUGCGGAAGGGGGGCGGCCUCGGCGGUAUUCUCGGGGCCCGAGGACCCGCGCUCCGCUCCCGCGAAGGGAAGGCCACCUCUGGAGGCGGAGGAGGAGGCGGAGGCGGGUCGAGUCGAAGGGCUCGUCCCGGGCGCGCCUCCUCGCCCUCGCGUCCCCGCAACCGAAACGUGCCCCUUGCGGGCCGGGACCUCGUGGAAGGACUGCGGCGAAGGCCCAACACAGCCCCCCCGCCCCGCCCCGGUGCCUGCUGUGGGGGAGCGGACGCAAUCGUCGCCAUAAGCCUCUACUGA